AUGCAUCAAAUUUCAACAAAACAACAACAACAGAAAAAUACAGCUACUAUUAUGGUAGACGAAUACUGUCGAUAUUAUUCUGAUUUUAGCAAAAUAUUGGGUAUCUAUGUAAAAUAUUUUCAUCCUCAACUUCAUUUUGAAGUUGAACAACUUCUCGAAGCUUCCUACAAUGUAUGGCAUCGCCUAAGUGAUGAUAAGAAAAUUUCGCUGGCAAAUUUUCUGGAAGAAAUCACUCGCGAAAGUAAUCAUACAAUAUCAUCCGCAUCGAAAAUAACAACAUUCAAUAAUUUGAUCGACAGUGAAUUAUUUACAAAAAAAUUAAAACAUCCAGCAAAUCGUACACGUUCGAAGAUUGAUAAAAUCAAUUCGAAAGCAAUUGCAUUGAAUACAAGUUCAUGUAAAACAAUGAUUUCAAAAAUUAAUAAUCCUUUAGCUAAAAAACCGAUUUCGAUUACACCAUUCAAUAUUUAUUUAAAAGAUGAACGUCGAAAAUUAAUUAGCAAACAUAGAAAAAUGUCAAUACAUGAUAUUAAUAAACGCUUAUCGGAACGUUGGAAAAAAAUGUCGAAUCGAAUGAAACAAACGUACGAAUAUCGAUCAUAUCUUGCUAAAAAACGUUUAUAUAAAAAACAAGGAAAGCCAAUUAAAUUAAGAAAACCUUCUUUCAUUAAACGAAACGCAUCAAAACCAAAGCAAAUAAAGAAUAAAAAUCAACAACUAUCGAACACAUUUCGAACACAAUGA